CGUCCCCCGUGCUCCCGUUUCUUGUGUUAUGAAAACUACAGAGAAAUCUUAGGUAACUGCUCCUCGUCCUUGUUCAGCGCCAUGUGGAGAAACGAGGGGCGGCGGCUGCUCGUCUAACUCCUCAGUCCGUCAAAGUUUUCAGAGUUUCUCAGAGAAGAGAAGAGAAAAGAAAAGAUAAGAAAAGAGCAUCAUGGUGAAACGGAGAGAAGCAGCAGAGACGGAUACAAAGAAACCGAGGCAGGUGCAGCAGAAAGCGACGACGAAGAAGAACAAGAAAGAUGCAGGUAACGACAACAAAGACAAAGAGGAGAAGCUCGAGAGGAAAGUUAAUCCGAGGUCACGUUUACCCUCAAAGGGAGCAGCAGGAAAAACCCAGUCCCCCAGAUCCGGAUCCAGAUCCAGAUCCAGAUCCGCCGUUAAAACCAGUAAAUACUUCCAUUCACCGGUGAAAGAGGAGAAGGACAGUGAAGAAGACUUCGACAUGGUCACUUCGCCUCCACGUGUCACCAAACCGAAGAAGGAGAAGAAGGAGAAGAAGGAGAAGAAGGAGGAGGAGGAGGAGGAGGACAGCGAAGACGACUUUGACAUGGUCACCUCUCCACCACGUGUCAUCAAACCAAAGAAGAAGAAGGAGGAGGAGGAGGAGGAGGAUGAGGAGGAGGAGGACAGUGAAGAAGAUGAGGAUGAUUGGGAGGAGGUGGAAGAGCUGGACGAGCCGCUGGGUCCAGAGGAACCACCAGAACCCGUCCUGCCCUCUGAGCCCGUUCAGAUAGAGAUCGAGACUCCAGAAGUCAGAAAGAAGCUGAAGAGACAAGCAGAGCUGGAGACGUACCUGAAGAGGAUGAUGAACCGAUACAAGAAGGACCUGCUGAUGGACACUCACAAGGUCCACCUCAUGUGCCUGGUGGCCAGCGGGAUGUUUCGGAACCGGCUGUGCAGCGAACCGGACCUCGUGGCCGUCACCAUGUCCCUGCUGCCCCCCCACUUCGGCUCGGUGGCCAAGCAGCGCAUCGACGAGCGCUUCCUCUCCGGCCUCCUCAAAUGGUUUAAGGCGACGUUCACCCUGAACCCAAGUCUCCCCUACGAGGAGCGUCCGGACCCCCGGGCUCUGCUGGAGAGACGACUGGCCAGCCUCUCGGCCCGAGACCAUCAGGAGAUGACACAUCUUUUCCUCUUGGUGCUGAGGUCUCUGCAGCUCUUCUGUCGACUGGUUCUUUCUCUGCAGCCGGUUUCUUUCAAGCCUCCGUCGGCCAAGGACAAAGGGGCUCAAUCGUCCAGUGCCGCCCAGAAAAAGAGCCAGAAAACCUCCCCGAAGGAGCCAAAGGUUUCUCCUGGCACCAAGAGACCAGCUGGUGAGGGGAAGACGACGGGAGGUAGAGGAGGAAAGAAAGCAAAGAAGAAGAAGGAGGUGAAGGAGGAAGAGGAGGAGGAGGAGGAGAAGGGUGUUGUAUCUGGAGGGCAGAGGCCAAAGAACUCAAAACGUCGCAGCGUGGCCUCAAAGGUCAGCUACAAGGAGGACAGCGAAGAGGAGGAGGAGGAGGAGGAGGAUGAGGAGGAGGAAUUUGAGGCCACUGCUGAGGAGGACAGCGAGGAUUCAGAGAGCGAAGCUAAAUCUGCGAAGGGUAAGAAGGGGAAAGGGAAGAGCAAAGGAACCAGAAACAAAAAGACUGUAGCUCCAAAGAGAAGGAGUGGUGUUAAAAAAGAAGAGGAAGAAGAAGAAGAAGAGGAGGAGGAGGAGGAAGGAAUGGAAAAAAGAAGAAGAAGUGGGAAAAAGAAGGAGGGGCCUGGAGCGGACGAGUGGUUGGAGGUGUACCUGGAGAAGACGUCGUCCUGGGUCUGCGUGGACGUGGACCACGGCGUCGGGGCGCCUCACCUCUGCUACGAGAACGCGACGGCGCCGGUGACGUACGUGGUGUCGGUGGACGGCGACGGGUUCCUGAAGGACCUGGGCAGGAAGUACGACCCCAAAUGGAUGACGGCGUCCAGGAAGAGGAGGCUGGACGACGACUGGUGGGAGGAGACGCUGGAGCCGUUCCUGGGACCCGAGGACGAGAGGGACGCGAAGGAGGACAAGGAGCUCCAGAAGAAGCUCAUGAACAAACCGUUGCCCGUCUCCAUCGGCGAGUACAAGAACCACCCUCUGUACGCCCUGAAGAGACACCUCCUCAAGUACGAGGCCAUCUACCCGGCCACAGCCACGGUGCUGGGCUACUGCCGAGGAGAACCCGUCUACUCCAGGGAUUGUGUUCACACUCUUCAUUCCAGGGACACGUGGUUGAAAGAAGCUCGAACCGUCAGAAUCGGUGAGGAGCCGUACAAGAUGGUCCGAGGAUUCUCCAACCGAUCCCGUAAAGCCCGGAUGAUGAGCGAGCUGAAGGAGGAGAACGACCUGCCUCUGUUUGGAGAGUGGCAGACUGAGGAGUACCAGCCUCCUCUGGCUGUGGACGGGAAGGUUCCUCGUAACGACUACGGUAACGUCUACCUGUUUAAGCCCUGCAUGUUGCCCGUGGGCUGCGUUCACCUGCGGUUGCCCAACCUGCACCGCGUGGCCCGGAAGCUGAACAUGGACGCGGCGCCUGCGGUCACGGGCUUCGACUUCCACGGAGGAUACUCCCACGCCGUGACCGACGGUUAUAUCGUGUGUGAGGAGCAUGAGGAGAUCCUCAGAGCCGCGUGGGUGGAAGAACAGGAGCUUCAGAAACAGAAGGAGAAGGAGAAAAGAGAAAAGAGGGCGACUUCCAACUGGACUCUGCUGGUGAAGGGGCUCCUGAUCAGAGAGAAGCUCAAACAGCGCUACGGCAACAAGAGCCAGGGCCUGGGGGGCGUGGCCAACGCCAACGCCGACCACGCCCCCGGCGGGCUUUCGUCUGACGAGGAGCCGGGCGCAGGGGGCGGGGCUAACGAAGACACUAAGACGGCGUCGGAGACUCUGGCCAUGUCCUGGCCUCAGAACAGACAGACGCAGGAGGACGAGGGACCGAAGAGGAGGAGGAGGAACAACCGAGAGAAGAAGGGUCAGGACCAGCAUCUGUUCCCCUUCGAGAAAGUGUGAAGGACGGAGAUUAUUCGAAAUGAUUUCAGGUGUAAAUAAAUACUGAACCGGCUCCACAGGCUCAUGAAACCUAGAAACAACCGUCCACGUCUGAGCGGCUCCCACAGCAAACUACAAACUCUUCUUCUUCUUCUUCUUCUUCUUCUUCUUCUUCUUCUUCUUCUUCUUCUUCUUCUUCUUCUGUUCGUCACGUCCUGUCUCACGUUUCCUUUGCUGCCAUUUAACGGCAGACGUCUGUAUAUUUGUACACGUCAGCAUUUAAAUCACUUUUUGUACCAGGAGUAUUUUUUUGUACGAGUAAAAAUCAAAACUGACAAAAGAAAA